AGCAGCUCAUUUCAUAUUCAAGGUGAGGCUUCACUCAACAGGUGUCUAGAGUCCGGGCAUCCGUAACCUCUCUUAACGGAUUUUACCUAAUAUUCUUUUUAAAUACAUAUAUUUAAACACAUUUAACGUCGGAGGAUUACGAAAACCGAGCUCAUCUGAAGAAGAUUUGUAGUUCUUUACUGAACUGUUACGGAACUUGUUUUUUUAAGUUGUGAGAAGAUGGCAAAUAAAGGACUGCAGCUACUGGGAUUUGCUCUAUCGCUACUAGGUUUGAUUGGGCUCAUUUUUGGCACAGUCUUACCUCAAUGGAAGAUGUCUGCCUACGUUGGAGACAAUAUAAUCACAGCGAUAGCGAUGUAUCAAGGCCUUUGGAUGUCGUGCGCUUUCCAGAGCACCGGACAAAUGCAGUGCAAAGUGUACGACUCUAUCCUACAACUCGAUGGUGCUCUCCAGGCAACUCGUGCCCUGAUGAUUGUCGCGAUCCUUCUCACAGUAGCAGGACUGGGUGUGGCCAGCAUGGGCAUGAAGUGCACUAACUGUGGUGGUGAUGACAAGGUCAAAAAGUCGCGCAUUGCCAUGACAGGCGGUAUAAUCCUCAUUGUUGGAGCCCUCUGUAGCAUUGUUGCCUGUGGCUGGUUUACAAAUCAAAUCGUCCGGGACUUCUACAACCCCUUCACACCUGUCAAUACGAAGUAUGAGUUCGGUGCGGCCAUUUUCAUUGCCUGGGCAGGUGCAUUCCUGGACAUAAUGGGUGGAGGCAUGUUGGCUGCCUCCUGCCCAAAGGGUAAACCAUCUCCCAGGUACCCCAAGUCCUCCAGACCUCCCAGCAGCAGCAAGGAGUACGUCUGAACCACGCCAGUUGUUCACAAGCUGAAGAAGAUCGUAAUGAAUCGCAUAGCAUCUGUAGAAGUUUCCCUAGUCAGCUGAUCUUAGAUCUGUUUAGAUUUCAAUUUCUUCUAUUGUUUUCGACUUAGGAUAGAACAAAGAUCUAAGAUCAGUGUCCUUGGGAACAUUUUACUUGUGCUCUGAUGUAGCAGCACACCUCAGAAAAAGGUCACUUCUGUUUUCUUUCUUUUGAUAAACACCAAGUCUUUGUUUUUUUCUUCUAUUAUAAAUCCUGUUACUGGUGGGAGAUUGGAAAGAGGGGCGUUCUUCCCCAGUGUGUUCCUCAUUUCAUAAGACUGCCAUGUUUAGUGGACAUGAAAGCGAGAGGCAUGCUCAGGGAAAAAUCAUACAUCACUCAUACUGCUCAUUAUUAACACUGCAUCUCUACUGUAAAGCCUUUUCCUGACCACAUCUGCCUUGCUUUCUUUGUGCAUCACCUUAUGAGUUGUGCUAUACAUUGACGUGCAUGAGAAGAACAACUUAAAUGUUUUUUUUUUGUUGUUUUUUUUAAGAGCCAAGGCCAACAUGCUAAUUUCUGGUUUUCUUUGCUGCAUAAUUUCCAUCUGGUGACUGUGACAUACCAGACCUUAUCUUUUCAAACAAUACUUCAAUUUAUACAAAUCACCUGAGGGACAUUUUGUUCAUUGCUAUUGAAAGAUGAUUUUUGAAAAGAAGUAGUAAAUUACCGAACUACUCUGAGAACUCAUUCAUGGAAAGGAAUGUUAUGUUGAUGGAACUAGAAUGAAAGUGUUGGUAUGAUAAUAGAGCUAGACUGAAACUGUAGGUGGAAAAACAAAAGCUUUACUUGAUUUGGGUGAGGCUAAAGAUAAAGAAAGCACCAAACUUCUCAGUUUGGUCAGUUUGUUUUACUGAGCAACAUUAUUUUUUUUUAAAUCAAAGGAACAACUUUUAUUUAUGCAAAGUGAAACUUUUCAGUUGCUUUUGUGCUUAAGCUCCUCAGUGUCCUCCUUGUUAUGAAGCUAAUGUUACAAAAUCUUUUGACACUCUUUCUUGUUUUAAACACCAUUUAUUGGUCAAGAAAAAAGGCUGUAGAUGUUUGGUCAGUAUCACAGCUGGUUACAGUCAAAGGGUCAAGUGAAUUAUGUGUCUUUUUCUGCCCGUCUGCAACAACAUUAUUAUUAUUUUUUUGCUUGGACCACUUGAGGUGGGUUGCCCUCAAGUCUAUUUAGGAUAGUUGUAUUGUAUUUGUAACCAGCUUAUGUAAGUAUUUAACUUUUUGAAACACUUUUGACUGUUCAGUUUGCAAUAGAAGACAUUUUAUGUAAAUAAAUUUUUUAAAACAA